AUGACCACGCCCGAUCAGAAGCGCAGCUCGACCGGCAGCCGCGUGCUGGGCAUGACGGGCCCGCCUGGAGAGCCCGGCCUGCCGCCGUCGCGUCCGUCGUCGAUUGCGACCGCCAACUCGGGCAGCCAGAACCGCUGGUCGCAGGCCAGCCCUCCACGACGAGGCGGCGGCGUUCAGAGCGGCAUCAGCGUCGCUGGCAGUCUGGGGCAUCAAAGCCGCCCCACGACGUCUGCGAGCAGAACUCACGUGCCGCUGGCUGCCCACGGCUUCUUCCGCCCCAUGAGCUCACAGCGACUCCAGCAGCAGCGCAACCAGCGACCGACCUCACUUCUCGGCCACAGCUCUGUCUACUCGCAGGCCACACACGAGUCCGGCAGUAAUCCAUACCGCCAGAGCAUCGGCUCCACGACGCAGACGAUCCGUAACGGGCCCAUGCUUGGCCUCCACCACGAACUGGACCAGCACCCCCCACCCUCGCGCGGCACCGACAUCACCGACAGAGACAUGCCAGACCGGACUACGGCCAACACUACGCCAACGGGCGCAGAGACAGUGCGCAGUCGCGGCGAAAGCAUCACCCCACUGCAGCGGCCUCGGCCUCAGCACCUCGACCUGACGAAUGCCCAUGGCCACGAUGUUGGCAAUCUGCCCACGCCUGGCAAGUCACCCCGGUCCUUCUCCAGCUUCAUGUUGUCCAGUCGUGAUGGCCGUGCUGCCCAGAUACGACCCCAUCAAGGUCACGAAAAGCUUACAUCAGCGGAAUCAUCCCCCAGGCUCGGGCGCAGACAGCCCGUCAAAGAAGCUGUCAAGAGUGGCUUGGGCAAAAAUUACCAGUACUUCUCCGGCAACACCGUCUUUUGUCUAGGCGGCCGGCUACAGAAUACACGUGAUCGACCUGUGAACGUGGCUACGGCGAUAAUGAUCAUUCUACCUGCCGCUCUUUUCUUCGGUUUCUCAGCGCCAUGGUUGUGGCUCCAUGUUUCUCCAUCGAUACCCAUUCUCUUUGCCUACUUGUUCCUCGUCUCAAUAUCUUCCUUCAUCCAUGCUUCAACUUCUGAUCCGGGCAUACUCCCGCGCAAUUUACAUCCCUUUCCCCCACCUAAUCCUAAUGAGGAUCCCUUGAGUCUGGGACCUCCCACCACAGAGUGGACCAUGGUCGUAUCCGCGACGGGUGCUAAUGCUGCCAUGGAAGUUCCGACCAAAUACUGUAAGAGUUGUAAUAUCUGGCGCCCCCCACGUGCGCAUCAUUGCCGUGUCUGCGAUAACUGCGUCGAGACCCAGGAUCACCAUUGUGUUUGGCUGAACAACUGCGUCGGACGCCGGAACUACCGCUACUUCUUCGUCUUCGUUUGUGCUACAACACUACUAGGACUGUUCUUAGUUGGGGGUAGCUUGGCACACAUUCUAGUAUGGCGUGCGCAGAACAGCGCGUCCUUUGGUGAGGCAAUUGAUCGAUGGCGUGUGCCAUUUGCAAUGUGUCUUUAUGGUCUCCUGGGCUGGAUGUAUCCUUUCAGUCUUGGCGUCUAUCAUCUAUUCUUGGUUGGGCGGGGCGAAACAACUCGGGAGUACUUGAAUUCGCACAAGUUCCUCAAGAAAGAUCGACACAGACCGUUUACUCAAGGCUCGGUUUUCAAGAACUGGGUAGCAGUCUUGCAACGACCGCGACCACCGACAUAUCUACAUCUCAAGCGGCCAUAUGAAGAGGGCGACCAAAGAUUUGGCCCACGGAACGGGAAGCGCUCGGCUCCUCUAGCUGCAGAGCAGCAGGGAGGCGGAGUGGAGAUGCAAGAUGUGCGAGCUUCGGAUGGUUUCCAAGGACCGAUGGGUAGGGCUGUUCGGAGUACGACUGGUCCGAUUGUAACGUAG